UCCUUUGCCAUUAAUAAACUCAUAUCGUCAACUCUCUCUCUCUCUCUCUCAAUUAAUGUGUGAGUAAAUCUAAAACGUCAAACUCUCGAGGCAUGGCAUAUACCAUUUUAAUCAUAAAAAAAGAAAAAGCACACACCAUUUAUGAGGGGAGCAGUUGCCAUCGCAUUUCAGCGCUAUUCUUUCACACAAUCUUGAUUUCCCAAAUUCAGGGUGAAUACCCCAUGCUCUUCUCUCUCCAGAUUCUUUGUCUAUUGCAACGCACUUUAAGAAGUCUUCCCGUUCAAGAAAUGUUUUGAAGUUUUUUGAGUAGAACAAGGAAAGGAUUAUGGAUCAUCAGAAUCCAGAACUGGAAUCUAGACGGAGUGAUUCCUUUGGUAGGCUAAGUGUUGCGAGUUCUUCAAGAAGGUGCUCUUUGAGUACAUCAUUUUCUUUGGCACGACACUCUGAUGAUGCGAUUGAGAGUGAGUCUGUCUCGGAGGCAGGGGAUAUUGGUGAUAGGGCACUCCACAGCAACAGAGUCAGUGCAAGUGGCCGGAGUCACUUCUCCUUGGAGAAUUUGGCAGAGAAUGGCGCUGUCGUUCCAGUUCAAGACGACAACCUCUUGGAGCCUUACUCGGAUGCUGCUUUUCCGGUAGCACCGGACUUGGAGAACAUCUCCCCCCUUUCUGCUGAUGCAAUGGUUGAACAUGGAGAAAAGAAGAUCGAUGAGAAUGAAAUUCCAUGGUUGUUAGAGUACGUUACGUGUCUCCUUUCUCUUGCUGUGUUUGGAAUUCUUGGGAUUCUAGUUCGAUAUGGUCUUCAAAAGCUCUUCGGACCCAGCGUAAUUGGUGCAACAAGUGACCGGAGUUAUAUGUAUCCCGAUCUUCCUUCCAACAUGGUAGGUUCGUUUCUGAUGGGGUGGUUCGGUGUUGUCUUCAAAGGCGAGAUCAUGAAAGUUUCGGAUCAGUUAGCUAUUGGUUUGACAACAGGUUUCUUGGGGAGCCUUACAACUUUCAGUGGCUGGAAUCAGAAGAUGCUUGACCUCAGUGUUGAUGGCCGAUGGGUAUUUGCAUUUCUUGGCAUUUUCCUAGGCUUGUUUCUAGUCGCUUACUCGAUCAUCUUCGGGAUUGAGACCGCCAAGGGCUUGAAAUGGCUGCUGCACAGAAGAUCACACACAAGAUCUUGCUACAGUGAUUCCAUCUCACACAAGUACUACUGCCUCUCGACGUUCAUGGUGAUGCUUCUGCUGAUGCUAGCCCUGCUAUGGAGCGUGUUCGGGAGUCUGGCAAGGAGAGAAUUCGACUCCGGAAGCAGUGAGGCUCAGCUGUUCUUGGCUUGCAUGGUUGGGCCCUUGGGCGUCUGGAUUAGGUGGUACUUGGCUCGUCUCAACGGGCGCGGCCUAGGCAAAAACGCCACCUUAAAAUGGAUGCCCUUUGGCACCCUUGCUGCUAAUGUUGCUGCUGCUUGUGUCAUGGCUGCACUCGCCACGCUGAAAAAGGCGGUGAAUAAUAAGGAGUGCAAUACUGUGGCAAAUGGGAUCCAAUUAGGUCUGCUUGGUUGCCUAAGCACAGUUUCGACAUUCGUCGCGGAGUUUCAUGCAAUGAGAGAAAGCAAGCAUCCAUGGAGGGCCUAUGCUUAUGCAGCCAUCACCAUUGCCGUUUCCUUCACUUUGGGAACUCUUAUAUACUCUGUUCCAGUCUGGGUGAGGGCUUAUUCUUGAAUAAUGGUAUCCUUUUGAAGAAACUAUUCAUCAAAGAUUGUCUCAUUCUAGAAUUUGGAACUCGAAAAGGGCAGGCAAGAAAUGCUGAAAUUAAUUUCCAACCUAGUCCACGAUUAAGGUUUCUAUAUUUAGGAAUCUUUUGUCUUUUCUUGUAAAUGUCAUUCGAUGAUGUAAUUUUGUUAUAUUAGUAGUAUAUUUAUACUUGUAGAGUAAUGGAGUGUAAUGACGCUCACAAUUAGAUGGUUUUAGACAAAAAUUGAAGCUUCCCCCUAUUUGAAAUUGAUGGGAAUCACAGCAGAGGCUGCUAUGCCUAUGCAUUAAAACA